AUACCAACCAAAGGUGCGCACGCUUUCUCUGCGUUACGGUAACCAGCGACAUGCUACCGGAAGAGCCUUUGUGUUGUUCCCUUUGUGAGCUAACUGUCUGACUGUGUUGCGCUUUUUCUUCAAACUAUUUCUCUGCGGCGGCAGCGUCAAACAUGUCUGCAGACAUGCCACCGGGCAGUCUGAACCUGGAGUCCCAGCUUCUGUCCAUAAUGGACGUGCUGGUGAAGGCGGCGGUGACCGAAAUCAGUCAGCUGUUCUCGGAGAGCUCGGCGUCUCUCCGCCUGCAUCUGACCCAGAGCCUGAAGGAAAACGAGAGCCUGAGGAUGAGGAUGAAGGUGAUGAGGAGCGAGCUCUUCUCCCUCAGGCUGCAGACCAGGACGAACCGGCCGGCCAGCCGCUUCACCCCGAGCAGAGCAAACAUCCCCAAACCACGAGCCAGAUCACAAGUUGUCGUUAAGCCACCAGUGGCUCAAAAGACUGUUGGGGAAGCUGCUUCUAUUUCUGUACAAUCAGAGAACAAGACUUCCUCUACUGCCACUCAAGCGAAGUGUGCAGAUGUGGAGAGCCCGGAUGUCAUCCUGAUCAAAGAUGAAGACGACGUUGGAGGAUGUGAGCCAGUUGUUGGUCAGGAUGACUUUGGAAACCAAAGUACACACGGCGAUGUUGACACAGAGUCUUCCUGCAUGACAGGUAAUCACGAGGAGCUAAGAAUCGUGAGUGUUCACGGACGAGGGGAAGGGCCUCUGCAGGACACAAGCAACACUCUCUUCACCGCCUCUGAACUCCAAGCUUUUAGCUCUCUGUCUCCUGACCACAGUAUCUCCCAUGACAGUCUCCUGAAUUUCACCACCGGUGCCAACGACAGAGCACAGAUGAGAGGGAUGCAGGACAACAGUGGUGGACUGGCAAUAAACAGCCAAACCACCCAAAUGGCUUCAAUAAAAACAUCAGUAGUAGGAGCUGAUGUCGGGCACCCAAGUCAUGUCAACCAGUUCUCCCAGCAGCAGAACGUCUUCCCUCACGUCAUCAGCAAAACUCUGGACUGCAGCUUCUGUGGCGAGCACUUCCUCAGCCGGGAAGAUCUGAUUACACACCGGGCGACUCACACUGGCGAGUCACCCAUUCCUUGUUCCUUUUGCGGCAAGUCAUUCGUCAAUAAGACAACUCUGACCAUCCACAUGCGCAUCCACACCGGGGAGAAGCCGUACGCUUGCAUGCAGUGUGGGAAACGCUUCACGCAGAACGGCAGCCUGAAGAUCCACCUGAGGACUCACUCUGGGGAAAAGCCGUACACCUGCAAUCAGUGCACCGCCAGCUUCAACAACCCGAGCAACCUGCGCAGGCACAUGAUCACACACAACAGUAACGGAGUGCUCUGACGAGAGGGCAUUAUUUUUACAUUGUGUAUUUGGGGAAGAUGUGUUUCCUGUGGCAGUAUCUCAUAGUCUUGUCCUUUUUGUGUCUCUAGUUUUGCCUUAGCACAGUGAAUGUUGUUAUGGGUCAAAUGUACUCACGAGUACACCAAUGUAUAUCUUGACAGCUUCCCAGUAAAUCAAACUGUUGUGGACACAAACAAGUAUGAUCUCUGAAAACCAGCAAUAAGGAAACUAAACUGCCUUUUAAAACUGUAUUCUGUGGCUCAAAGAAGUUCAUUUUUUAAAUACUUUUUAAACGUCUCAUUAUGCUUUCAUUCCCCGAAUAUGCACACACACACACAGGUCCAUACAUUGACACGACCAGCCCUGCAUAUUAUACAACUGUAGCUCAGUGCUAUAUAAAUAAUCACUGUGUCAACAACACUCAUUAUUAGUGAUUCUCACAGUCGCCGUAUUGAUUUAUCUUGCAGCAUGAAUGCUUGUUAGCCGUACCAGUGGGAAUCUUUAGCACUGUUACUGUUACAGGAAUCUUUCCUAAUGUUACUGGAGUAAAAACCUUUAUGGGAGAGAAGUUGAUGAAUGAUGCAGAUUUAGAUACUGAAUUUAUGAAUUACAUAUGUUUGUAUGGUUUACUAUAUAGUAUGCUGCAUACCUGGCAUUAGCAGAGGGCAUUUUACUUUUGUUUUAUUUGUGCGUUUAAUAUUAAAAACAAAUCUACCUCCAGUAUUAUCUCUGUUGAAGCUCUGUUUUCCUCUUUUUGUACUUCCUGGAUAGUUUCAGACGAGGCAAUAAUCAUCUUAGCGUGGAUUUUUGUCUGUGGUUUUUGUAAUCUAGAUGUAAAAACAAUAUGAAUAAAUAUUGAUUUUCACAA